AUGAAUGGCAAGAAAAAUGAAAGCGAUGCAAAUGCUCUUCAGAAUGCCGCACCGAUGAACGAUGCUCCAAAGAACAUUGGAACUGGAGCAAAAAGGCCAGGCCGACCUCGAAGGGUUACAAGAGAUCAGGUACCUGCUGAUGGCGAAGAAUGUUCUGUAUCAGAUCAGCUGUCGAAAAGACCUUCACGAUCUGCAAGAGGAAGUCUGCCUAUUGACGACGAUGGUGCCCAUUACUAUCCAUGUCCGGUUCCGUCCUGUGACUACAACAGUGAAAGCCGUUCAGCAAGAAAUUACCACUUGAGAGUAGAUCAUGCAGGAUACGCAUAUCAAAACGCAACUCACGAAAUCCCUGAGUCUAGUACAUCUUCAAGUGAUCGCAAGAACUCUAACGCCUAUGAAGUACAAAAGGGAUCAUCCGCUGCGAAAUCCAGCGGGAUUCGAGCAGCAGUAAAGUUAGAGAAUGAGUUUGACGGUACGAGUGAGAUGUCCGCCGAUAUGUCUCGUGAACCUCGCUCGCAGUUGGAGUCCAUGCAUGGUUACCACGUUCCAUCUAGCGACGCCUAUUCGGAAACGGACGCGGACUGUGAUUUAGAUCUGGAUGUUGAAGACUACGAGUUAACACAAUACAGACGUGAUGAGCACUACUCUGAGGUGAAGUAUGAUAGUGACUUUCGUCCGGCACCUCAUAUGACUCGUAAAAGAGGCCGACCACGAAAUCCACCAGGCACCGAACCAGCUGAAAACUCGAAAGUACGUGUAAGUGAUCCCAAUGGAAAAUAUCGGUGCUAUAUGCCAAAUUNUUUUUUUUUUUUUUUAUUUUGAUACUUUACACCUUCGUAUUCAUAUUCCGUCUCAUUUUACGUAUUGAUAACACCUUUUAUUUUACUUUUUCGCAUCACGAAGGAUGGCAUAUAUAUUGAUCCCAAAACCUUCGUGCCUCCAUUUUCCUGCCCGAUCGAGGGCUGUCAGUGGCGAGGAAGCUAUAGAGCAUCUCGUUCUCAACACAUCAAAAGUGCCCAUCCAGACUAUGUACCUCCGAAGAAGAAAGCUCCCAUUGGUGGUUAUGUUCCGGAUGGGAAAUAUGUUUGCCAUGUGCCUCAGUGCCCGUGGCGUGGCAUUUCCCGAUCAACUCGUGCGAGCCAUAUGAGGAAAGUUCACGGCGGAUUUAGCAAUCCUGGAUAUUCGACGAGACAGGUCGCGUGUUGUGAUUGCACCGCAAGUUUCGGUUCUCACAAGGCUUUUGUUGAUCACAUGAUUACUGCGCAUCGGGUUGGUGGUCUAGUCCACCGUGAUUUUAACGACAUUGGAGAGUAUGAGGAGUGGUUCAACUCGGUACAGGAAGUAUUCUCUAUUACUUAUGUGAAACGUAUGGGAAUUAAGCAGGGCAAUGAAUAUCAGGUGCUCUAUCUAUACUGUGCUCGUAGCGGUGGAGCUCGCCCUAAACAUAUACCUGGCCGAGAUUAUUUUCCCGAGUUCACAAAGCGCCGUCUCACUCGCCGUCCUACAAAGUGUGGUCGCAAUUGUGCGGCCUUUCUUCGAAUAAUUCACUGGAUUGACGGCCGCUUAACAGUCAUAGGAUGUGUGGAACAUACAGGUCAUCGGAUGGGUACAGCACUGUUGAGGUUGAGUUCUAACGAGCGAGUUGUGUUAGAUGAAUAUCUUUAUGUUGUUGACGACAAAGUCCCACUGGAUGCCAUGCUGGACCGUAUAAGAGAAAUAGAAGGCUUCACUAUGGAUGGGUUUGAUGUUGCCGAACGCAGUAUAGAGGAUAUGACGAGAUAUGUGAUGAAUGAGAACGAAUUUAUCUCUUUAAAAGUGCUAUUUGAGACCUCGGCAUUUUUCGAGCCAGAGUCCACAUUCGCUGUGAAUUUGUUCGACAGUGAAGGAAGGCCACUUACCGAAGCUAUAUCAUUUGGUAUCAUGACAUCGCAAAUGCGUGAAUUAUGGGCAACUUGUUCUACCCGAGCAGCAUGUAUCGAGGAGGUCAACCUGUUGAUAAGCGAUUUUGAGCUGCAUUUAUUCUUUGUGAUGGUAUUCGAUGCAAACGAUAUGCCGCGGUGUGCAUGUGUUUUGAUUUCUCGGAACAGUGACAAAGUCGCUCUCCUCGACAAGUUGCGAUCAGUCUCGAGUGCCCCGGUUGACACAGUGGUGACUGACUGCUCUCCGGAUUGGCCUGCCUUGCUCGAUGCCUACUUCGGUAACGAGGCCUAUACUGCUGACUUCCAAAUUGCUGAAUGGCAUCUCCUUUCCGAUUGGGCCACUAGAAUUGAUGAAAUGGUGUCGAAUAGAGUGGAUCGGUUUACCAUCCUCUGUGCAUUGCGACGUUGGACACGAGCGACGGAUCCCACGUUGUUCGAAGAAAUCGUAAUCGACAUAUUUGAAGCGUUCCGUGAAAUGGAACUAAACUCAUUAGCGCAGCUAGUGGACAAUCAACUUACCGAUCCUGAUUUUGCAAAACGAUGGACCCCUCUCAAUCGGAAUCCACUGACAGAUCACAGCAAUCCAGUUCUUGAAAUAUCCUGCAGGAUGUUUCGUGAGCGCUUUCUCAACUGCGAACUGUGUGCCCGACUCGAUGAGUAUGCUGGACUCCUUGUUGAUAGGAUUGCAGAGUUCAAUUCAUUAACGUUUUCCGAGGUCUACACUUUGGCGCCCAUUGAGCCUCCUCGCCAUGUUCCACAAAUGUAUGAAGAUAUUGAUCCUUCGCAACUGCUUGCCGAUGGAACAGUAAUGAGCUCACCGCAGCGCACUGUAGAGAUUGAGUCACACCCAUCAGUGUCUUCGAAACGAGUCGAUGGAUUGAUAGAGCUGAGCAGCAAGCGCAUGAAAAUGGAGGGUGAAGAGGAGUUGGGAGCGUACGUCGUUGUUGGUGAAGAGGAAGUUCUCGAUGAAGUUGUUGAGGGAGCGGAAGCUGAGCAGUUGGUAGAAGAAGCGGUCCUGAGUGGCGCUCUGGGCGAUAUAGACGAAGGUGUAUCGCUGCUUGAUCCAAGCGCUGACGGAGGAGCUCGGGAUGUCGAAGUCACUGAAAGCAGAAGAAAAGCCAGAUUGAAACGAAUGAUGCAGAUUUUACACGAGAAAGUUGAUUUGAUGGCUGAUGAUGAAACUAUGGAGUUGAUGGAGACAGGCUUGACACAAGUUGUGGAGCAACUGAAAGAUCCAACUUUGUUAAUGCAGGCAAGUUAUUCUGAUGCACACCUAUACUUGCAUUUACUACUAGAUAGGUCGGCUAAGAAUUGUGGUAAGGGAUUCCAACGGGACUAA